AUUUACCCACAAUACUCGCACGUGACGUGUCCGGAAGUGUCGUGGCUUAAUGGACAGACCUGUUAUUUUAACCUGUUCCAAACUACAAGGAAAACCUCUUUUCUGCCGAACCAGCCCAGCUGCUGAGCUAGCUAAGCUAACAGCUAACUCUUACAGAGAGAAGAGUUUGGAAGAAAAAUGUCGGACUUUCCUCCUGAGGCAGAAACGCUCUGCUAGCCUGACGUGGGUGGCGGUUGUGGCAGCGUUUCAUUAGCGAUGUGAAGUGUUGGUGUCCGGGGCUCAGAAUGGACUCGGAGGAGAAGUACAGCAGCAAUGUCCUGUCCGGGGGGAAGCUGGGCAUGGUGGAGGUGCCGGACUCCAGGCUGACGAAGUACAUCGCUCUGCUGGUCGUCUCCAAGGUGCUCAAAGCUUUAGGAGUCUUUGAAUCCUACGACAUCUUAAAGUUUGUCCACAUAGUUCAGUUCAUCUUCAUCUUAAAGUUGGGGAGUGCUGUUAUUUUGCUUGUCUUUCAAAAGCCUUUUUCAUCCGGAAAAAUCAUCUCCAAAAGACAGUGGAUAAAGCUGCUGAAGCACGCCGUUUUCAGCUGCGUGGUUUCCCUCCUGGGCUUCUUCGGCCUGACUCUCUGUGGUCCUCUGAGGACUCUGCUGCUGUUUGAACAUGCUGACGUGGUGGUGGUCGCGCUCCUCAGUGUCCUGUUUACCAACUCCGGAGGAGGACCGUCCAAAACCAGAGGAGCUGCUCUGUUCAUCAUCGCCGUGAUCUGCCUCCUCCUCUUCGACAACGACGACCUCAUGUCCAAAAUGGGAGAUCACCCUGAAGGACAUCACGACAGCGCUCUCACUCAUUUUCUCUACACGGCCAUCUCUUUUUUGGGCGUUGCAGAUCAUAAAGGUGGAGUCGUGCUUCUGGUGGUGUCUCUGUUCCUGAAGGUUGGCUUCCACACGGCUGCCAGGAAGUUGUCAGUGGAGAUCGGAGGCUCCAAGCGUCUCUACGCCCUGGACAGCUUAGUUUCUGCCGUGGUGCUGCUCCCCUGGGUGAUAUUCCUGUCUGUAACCACAGAAAGUAAAGUGGAGUCGUGGGCGACGCUGGUCUUUCCGUUCGGGAUGGUCAUUUUCUCCGUCAUGAUCCUGGAGUUUUACGUGGAGGCCGUCUGCAGCGCAAAGAUGGAGGCUCCCAGGUGUGCUCGCUACGGCACCUUCGCCCUCUUCUCCAGCGGACUGCUGCUGGCCAACUUCUGGACCCACCCCCUCACGGAUCAGAUCCGAUCUAUGAGCAUCCCCCCCAAGCUCGUCAGCACUGAGCACGUGCUGUCCGGUGGCGUGAUGGUCAGCGCCGUCUUCUUCCUUAUGUCCUCCAGCAUUCUAGCAGCUCCCUCAAAGAUGGGGCAAAAAGGCACCUUGGUGGGGUACUCCCCUGAGGGAACGCCCCUGUAUAACUUCAUGGGGGACGCGCUGCAGCACACGUCCCAGUCGCUGCCGCGCUUCAUCAAAGAUUCGCUCAAGCAGAUCCUGGAGGAGUACGACUCCAGACAGAUCUUCUAUUUCCUGUGCCUGAAUCUGGCCUUCACCUUCGUGGAGCUGUUUUAUGGCGUUUGGACCAACAGUCUGGGACUCAUCUCUGACGGUUUCCACAUGCUGUUUGACUGCUCCGCUCUGGUCCUGGGCCUGUUCGCUGCCCUCAUGACCCGCUGGAAAGCCACCAGGAUCUUCUCCUAUGGGUUUGGUCGAGUGGAAAUUCUCUCUGGGUUCAUCAACGGCCUGUUCCUGAUGGUCAUCGCCUUUUUCGUGUUCAUGGAGUCCGUCACGCGUUUGUUGGAUCCUCCGAACAUCAACACAGACAUGCUGACGCCCGUGUCUGUCGGAGGCCUGCUGGUCAACCUGGUGGGGAUCUGCGCUUUCAGUCACGCCCACUCCCACGGCGGUAAAAGCUGCCAAUCACACGACCACGGCCACUCCCACGGAGAGCACGGACACUCCCAUGGCGGACAUGGACACAGCCACGCCCAUGGCGGACACGGGCACGCCCACGGCUCUCUGACCGGAGGCAUGAACGCCAACAUGAGAGGCGUCUUCCUCCACGUGCUGGCCGACACCCUGGGCAGCGUGGGCGUCAUCAUCUCCACCCUCCUCAUCCGCCAGUUUGGGUGGUUGAUAGCUGACCCCAUAUGCUCGCUCUUCAUCGCCACUCUCAUCUUCCUCAGCGUCAUUCCCCUCCUGAAGGAAGCCUGUGAGGUUCUUCUUCUACGAACUCCUCCCGAGCAUGAGAAGGUGCUCAAUGGCGCUUUGGAAAAGAUCGAUAAGCUUGAAGGAGUUUUGUCGCACAGAGACGCUCACUUCUGGAGACAUUCUGCAAACAUGGUGGCCGGCACCAUCCACCUCCAGGUCAUGUCAGACGUGGUGGAGCAGAGGAUCACUCAGCAGGUGACGGCCCUCCUGAAAGACGCGGGGGUGAACAAUCUGUCGGUGCAGGUGGAGAAGGAAGCCUACUUCCAGCACAUGUCAGGACUCAGCUCCGGGUUCCACGAAGUCCUGGCGAUGACUCAGCAGAUGGAGUCCAUGAAAUACCCGAGUGACGGCACGUGCAUCAUGUAGCUUCAGUCAGACGGACCAAAUGGGGGAAACGGCGUCUCUGAGAGACCGCCGCGUGUACAGAGGACGUUUGUGGAAAAAUAAAUCUUCUUUUGUUCCA